AUGGACGCAAAAGCAUCGAGUGCAACUGAAGCGGGACGUUGGAAAAUUUAUGCGAAUAUCGCUUGCAGUGUCUGUGGCGAUAGAUCGAGUGGAAAGCAUUAUGGAACAUUCUGCUGCGAUGGUUGUUCCUGCUUCUUCAAGCGAAGCAUCCGAAGACGUGCUUUCUAUUCGUGCAUUAGUGGAACUGGCUGUUGUCGAAUUGACAAGAUGAGAAGAAAUUGGUGUCCAUUCUGUAGACUCCAAAAAUGCUUUGCAGUGCAAAUGAAUGUAUCGGCAGUUCAAGUGGAACGUGGACCGAGACGUCAAAAACUCAGCAAACGAGAACAGAAAACCACAAAAAAGUUGAAAAGUAAAAACUUGUCCGUUGAAGCUUCGAAACAAUUUCCACCAACAAUGGAACAUGAGCGAGUAGAGAAACAGACAACAAGUGAAUCAUUAUCGUCGUCAUCGAUGUCAUCGUCGAGUUUGCAACGAGAAAUGUUGAUACAGAUUUUAUUGACGUGUUUAAAGCAAGCACAACAUUGCGAAAGCUUUCAAGCGGUCAGCGAGCUCCAAAGAAAUGCGAUACUGAGAAAUGUUUGGAGUGAAUUAUUUGUGUUGAAAGCUUCACAUUGGCCAAUCGACAUUGUCACCGUAAUCGAGAGCUGCGGAGAUAGACACUUAUUGGAAGUUAUUAGUGCCACAAAAGCUCUGAGUGUCGAUUUAAUGGAGUUAUCUUUGUUGGAAGUUUUAAUUCUCUCACGACCAGAAUAUGCGGUUGAUCCCAAGGAACGUUUGACACUUCAAUUCAAUUUAGAGAAUGCCAUCGCGAGAUUGGAACUUUAUGUCUCACAACAAACCUUCGCCAACCACCAUCACAGCAUUGAACAGACUCGAUCUCAAAGCGUAAUUCGAUUCGGAAAGCUAUUGCUUGGAUUAAGACACCUCUCGUUGCAUCUCCACGAAAGCUCAUUGAAUAAUUUAUUUCGAUCUAUUGCGGAGAAAAUUUUCAAAUUGAAAGAAUGA